AUGGUUGCAUCCAGCGUACUUGGCUUCCCUCGCAUCGGUGCGAACCGUGAGGUAAAAAAGGCCGUCGAAGCUUACUGGGCGGGCAAGAUUUCUGCCGAUGAGCUCACCAAGGCCGCUGCCGACGUGAAGAAGACCAGCUGGACCAGUCUCAAGGAAAGGGGUGUCGCCCUCAUUCCUAGCGGUGACUUUUCCCUCUACGACCAUGUUCUGGAUCACUCCGCCGCAUUCAAUGUCAUCCCCAAGCGAUACCUCGGCCAUAACCUAUCGCCGCUUGAUGUCUACUUUGCCAUGGGCCGCGGCCGUCAGGCUGAUGGCGUUGACGUUCCUGCCUCUGAGAUGAAGAAGUGGUUUGACUCUAACUACCACUUCGUCGUGCCUGAGUUCGCAGAGGACACUGAGUUCAAGCUCAACUUCAACAAGGCGCUCGAGGAGUACAAUGAGGCCAAGGCUCUUGGUGUCGUGACCCGUCCCGUUGUACUCGGUCCAGUGUCGUUCCUUGCCCUUGGUAAGGCUGCCAAGGAAGCAAAGCCUGGUUUCGAGCCCAUUUCUCUCUUGCCAAAGGUCCUGCCCGUUUACAAACAGCUUCUUGCUGAUCUUAAGGCCGCUGGGGCUGAGUGGGUCCAAAUCGACGAGCCUGUUCUCGUUCUCGACUCUGCGGCCUACCUUGAGAAGCAGUACAUUUCUGCGUACGAGGAGCUGGUCCCGGCCUCUCCGAAGAUCUUGCUCGCGACAUACUACGGCCGUCUCGACUCUAACCUCUCAUUUGUCGCUAAGCUCCCCGUCGCUGGUCUACACAUUGACCUCGACCGUGCGCCUAAGCAGCUCGACGAGGUAAUUGCUGCCGUGAAACCCACUCCCAUUGUGCUGUCUCUUGGUAUUGUUUCUGGCCGGAAUAUCUGGAAGGCCGACCUCCAGGCUGGCAUCGCACUGGGUCAGAAGGCUGUCUCCGUCCUUGGACAGGAGCGUGUCAUUGCUGCCACAUCUUCUUCACUUUUGCACACUCCGGUUACUCUUGCAGCGGAGAACAAAUUGACUGCCGCCCAAAAGGAUUGGUUCUCAUUUGCUCUCGAGAAGGCGAGCGAGGUCUUUGUCCUCGCGGCUACCCUCUCUGGCUCUCAGGAUGCGAACGUUGCCAGCGCUCUUGCUGCCAACAGGGAGUCUAUCGCUAAGCGUCGCGAGUUUGAGCGUACAUCUGAUGAUGCUGUCAGGAAGCGCGUUGCUUCCAUCACUCCCGAUAUGUUGAAUCGCAAGAGCCCCUUCACUGUUCGCAAAGCGGUUCAGGCCAAGUACCUUGACUUGCCGAAGUUCCCCACGACUACUAUUGGUUCAUUCCCUCAAACCAAGGAGAUUCGUGCAGCCCGUGCCAAGCUCAACAAGAAAGAGAUUACGCAGGCUGAAUACGAGGACUUCAUCAAGAAGGAGAUUGAGUACGUUGUUCGCUUCCAGGAGCGCAUUGGUCUCGACCUUCUCGUCCACGGUGAACCCGAGCGUAAUGACAUGGUUCAGUACUUCGGGGAGCAGCUCGAAGGCUUUGUGUUCACCCAGAACGGCUGGGUGCAGAGCUACGGUUCUCGUUACGUGCGCCCGCCCAUCAUCGUCUCGGACGUCAUCCGCCCGGGCCCAAUGACAGUCAAGUGGAGCAGCUAUGCUCAGAGCCUCACGCAGAAGCCAAUGAAGGGCAUGUUGACGGGUCCUGUUACUAUCCUCAACUGGUCCUUCCCUCGUGCCGAUGUCUCCCGCGAGCUACAAUGUAUGCAGCUUGCUCUUGCUCUCCGCGAUGAGGUCGUGGAUCUCGAGAAGGCCGGCAUCAAGGCGGUGCAGGUUGAUGAACCUGCCCUUCGUGAGGGUCUCCCUCUCCGUAAGGCCGACUGGGAGCCGUACCUGAAGUGGGCUCUUCCCUCGUUCAAGUUGGCCACUGCUGGUGUUACCGAUAGUCUGCAAACCCAUUCGCACUUCUGCUACUCCGACUUCGACGAUAUCUUCCCGUCUAUUCAGGCUUUGGAUGCGGAUGUCAUCUCCAUCGAGGCGUCAAAGAGCGACAUGAAGCUCUUGAAGACCUUUAAGCAGUACGGUUACUCAAACCAGAUUGGUCCCGGUGUGUACGAUAUUCACUCCCCUCGUGUUCCGGGCGAGCAGGAGAUCAAGGAUCGUGUUGCGGCUAUGUUGGAGAUUCUUCCGGACGAGCUGCUCUUCGUCAACCCUGACUGUGGUCUGAAGACCCGUGGCUGGAAGGAGACCGAGGCUUCCCUUGUGAACCUCGUUAACGCUGCACGCUGGGCCCGUCAGACCCACGCUUGA